UACAAGUAUGUGGACAUGGGUGUAAAUAGCAUCUCGUUGUUCAUGAUGAUUAUGUCCUACGCUGUGAUAAUAUACAAAGUUCGAGAAAGCGGCAGAGCUAUGGCCAAGUAUCAGUUAACAAUCCGAACACGGGUAAGUAAGGGCGAACUUUUAUUCUUUGCCAUUAAGCUGGGCUACACUUCUUAA